AUGAGAAGGGCAGUGUCAAAGUUUAUCCCAGGGAAACUCGCCAGGCCGCCCGGCCCGGAUCCUCAGCCUUCCUACAAAAUCGAUUCUUCUUCCGUUGACGACUUUUACAUAGCCUUGGACUCGCCCCACAAGUCAUGGCUUCCGGGCGAGGAGAUCUCCGGCCAAGUGAUACUCAUUCUGAAGAAACAUUUGGCUAACAUCGCCAUCGAGUUUUGUCUUUGUGGCUACAUCAAGAUUAAUGCCCUGCCCCACCUGAAGCUCAAAACCGUCAAGCGUACCUUGUUCAACCAUAACAUCAGAAUCUACGGCCCGGAUCCCGACCAGCCUCGUAACAACGAUAAUGAUGAGUUCAUCAACGGCCUUUACAAAGGUGAGCAUCGUUUCCCCUUUAUUGUCAAGCUCCCGAAGAAGCGUAUCUUUACAAGUAUAGACUUUGGUAAGGGCGCCAUCGAAUACGUUCUCAAGACUUCCUUACGCUCCGCCGACGACCCCAUCUCCUCCAAUGGCCUGCCUCUGGGCGACAGCCCUGGCGCCAUCUCCACAGACCUUUUGACGAAGGCCCGUCUGUUCACCCGUAUGAACAACGCUGUCUACUCCUCGGAAAAGAUCAUUUCCCUUGUAAACCCUAUAGAUGUGGCUGAACUACCGCCGCCAAAACCUAAAAGACUCAUCAUCAACGAUCCAAGGCGCAAUAAACGCCUUCUGAGGGUCGAAAGUUCCACUUCCACCAUAAACACUUACUCCACGCUAUCGUCCAACAACUCAGAUACAGAGUCAAACCUCAAUAUGAAUUUCACCAACUCGCAUAACCCGGCGCUCUCCCUGACGCCUGGAAACUCGGGAAACACGCCGACGUCUUUGCAUAAUCCUCAUAUGAGCCCAGGGAAUUCCGCUCCUUCUAGUUUUUCGCCCUCCCUGAACGCUGACUUCUCCCGUCUGAAUAACAUCAGAGUAUCAAUGGAGUUGCCCCAGUCUGGUUUCCUUAAACUCAUACCUAUAAAGCUCAAUAUCCACCACCUUAAGAAAAUUCAGGACACUAAAGGCAUAAUCGUCACUUUGGUCCGUGUUUGCAGGUUAGAUUACGGCCCGGACGGUCUCUACGAAUCUUUCAGAAAAGACCUUCUGCAGCUGAUUAUUCCGUUAUUUGUCGACCCUGCUACGUUCCAAUCGGAGAUAAACACAAGUUUGCGUGUUCCUCCAGAUGCUUUUCCUACCAUCUCGGGCUGUCCAAUGGUCAGCUUCCAGUAUUUCAUCGAGGUAAUGCUCAACCUUUCUGGAAAGUCGUUGAGUGUGGAUGGACCUAGCGAGCAUCCCAAAUCCAAUCUAGCGCCUUCAGAUGACAUUUCGGCGGGUCCCGGCGUCUCCCCUGGCAAUCAAGGCAAUUACACGUACCACGCAUACCAGAACCGUUCAGAGUUCAUAAAUACAGACAAGUUUAAGCGUCUGAAGAAGUUCCUUCAAAUAACUUCUGAAGUCGUCAUCGGUACUCAUAGACUGGAUAGGCUGCCUUUGAUGGGCGCCUCUCCCGAUGGACAGCACGCGCUCAAUACGAAUGGAUCCAAGAGGUCCUCAAUCAGUUCGACUUCUAACUCUGCCAGUCCUUCAACCCAGGCUCAUGCCCACAUUCAAGCUCCUUUGCUGCAAGCACAUGCGGGUCAUGGAAACUUCACUCAUACUAGAGCUGGUAUGUCGUCGCUGAUUCGGGCUAUUCCGGAGUCUUCUCCAAUGAACAAUUUCACUCCUCCAUAUCAGAGAGAUUCUCAGGCAGUUACUCCUCUGCAACUGUCUCCAUUGGCAUCUGCUCCAACUUAUGAGGACAUUGUUACUGACGUAGCUAUGCCUCAAGAGCCAAACCUUCUGGAAAAGGAGCGUAUGAGACUUCAUGAACAGAGUCUUUUACCAUCGGAACCUCAAUUUGAUGGCUCCUCCGACGCAGAAGAACAGACAGUUAGUCCAAUGGACCCAAGCCAUGAUAUUUUGGAAGAGAUGGUACAGGGUAGCAACGCUUCAAGCUCCAAUUCUGCAUUCCAACAGUAUAGACCCAAUGCGUUCGCUCCUCUUCAGACUGGAGGGCCUAGCAGUCCUCAUCAUCCAUUGACGCAUGCACCCCAGGAUCCUAUCAACAUGUUGCCAAGCAGCUUUGAUCAGGAGCCGUCAUCAUUGUGGGAGCAGAAUGAUUUGUAUGAAUCUCAUGGUGAUGGAGAGAACCACGACGGCAUUGGCCCAGACGGACCUCUUGACUUUGUUCCAAAUUACGACACUGCUGCUAACGAUCGUUUGGUUGUUCAGCAGUCAGAGGGUCAAGAACAAGGACAUUAA